CGAGCACUUGGCCCUGGCAGACGCCCCAAGAUUGUUGUGAGGAGUCUAGCCAGUUGGUGAGCGCUGUAAUCUGAACCAGCUGUGUCCAGACUGAGGCCCCAUUUGCAUUGUUUAACAUACUUAGAAAAUGAAGUGUUCAUUUUUAACAUUCCUCCUCCAAUUGGUUUAAUGCUGAAUUACUGAAGAGGGCUAAGCGAAACCAGGUGCCUGCUCCGAGGGCUCUCCAGUGGCUCGCAGCACCCAGGCUGUCCCCCUGCCCUCUCCAUCACUCGCUGGGCCCCUCUGGAAUAAAAUCCCCGCGAGCCCCUCCGGCCCAGCGCAGCCGCCGCGCAGAACUCCUCCGAGGGUCCCGCCUGGGAGCUUUCUCUCCCGCUUUGCCUCUUCUCCCCGCGCAUCUUGGACAUGCCAGGAUUUAAAAGGAUACUCACUGUUACCAUCCUCCUGGCUCUCUGUCUUCCAUGUCCUGGGAAUGCACAGCAGCAGCAGUGCACCAACGGCUUUGACCUGGAUCGCCAGACAGGACAGUGUUUAGAUAUUGAUGAAUGCCGGACCAUCCCCGAGGCCUGCCGAGGCGACAUGAUGUGUGUCAACCAGAAUGGCGGGUAUUUAUGUAUCCCCCGAACAAACCCGGUGUACCGAGGGCCCUACUCGAAUCCCUAUUCGACCCCCUACUCGGGUCCAUACCCAGCGGCUGCCCCACCGGUAUCAGCUUCAAACUACCCCACGAUUUCGAGGCCUCUCGUGUGCCGCUUUGGAUACCAGAUGGACGAAGGCAACCAGUGUGUGGAUGUGGACGAGUGUGCAACAGAUUCCCACCAGUGCAACCCGACGCAGAUCUGCAUCAACACAGAGGGAGGGUACACCUGCUCUUGCACGGAUGGCUACUGGCUGCUGGAAGGCCAGUGCUUAGACAUUGAUGAAUGUCGCUAUGGUUACUGCCAGCAGCUCUGUGCAAAUGUUCCUGGAUCCUAUUCCUGUACAUGCAACCCUGGUUUUACCCUCAAUGAGGAUGGAAGGUCUUGCCAAGACGUGAACGAGUGUGCAACUGAGAACCCCUGCGUGCAAACCUGCGUCAACACCUAUGGCUCUUUCAUCUGCCGCUGUGACCCAGGAUACGAGCUUGAGGAAGACGGUGUUCACUGCAGUGAUAUGGACGAGUGCAGCUUUUCUGAGUUCCUCUGCCAGCAUGAGUGUGUGAACCAGCCUGGCACAUACUUCUGCUCCUGCCCUCCAGGCUACAUCCUGCUGGAUGACAACCGAAGCUGCCAGGACAUCAACGAAUGUGAGCACCGAAACCACACGUGCACCCUGCUGCAGACUUGCUACAAUUUACAAGGGGGCUUCAAAUGCAUCGACCCCAUCCGCUGUGAGGAAAAUUAUCUACAGAUCAGUGAUAACCGCUGUAUGUGUCCUGCCGAGAAUCCUGGCUGCAGAGACCAGCCCUUUACCAUCUUGUUCCGAGACAUGGAUGUGGUGUCAGGACGCUCCGUUCCUGCUGACAUCUUCCAGAUGCAAGCAACGACCCGCUACCCUGGGGCCUAUUACAUUUUCCAGAUCAAGUCUGGGAAUGAAGGUCGAGAAUUCUAUAUGCGGCAAACGGGCCCCAUCAGUGCCACCCUGGUGAUGACACGCCCCAUCAAAGGGCCCCGAGACAUCCAGCUGGACUUGGAGAUGAUCACUGUCAACACCGUCAUCAACUUCAGAGGCAGCUCUGUGAUCCGACUGCGGAUUUAUGUGUCACAGUACCCCUUCUGAGCCCAGGGCUGCAGCCUCUGACACUGCCUCUCACCAGCACCAAGGGACAGGGGAAGAGAGGAAACAGGAGAAAGAACGAGAGCGAGCAAAYGUUGCACCUUUCCUGCUGAACGUUUCCCAGAGGAGUUGGCUCCCCGAGUCCUAUUGCAGACCUGUCACUCAGAAGGACAUCCCACCCCUCUUCCUAUGAUGCAGUUAUUGAAACGCAUUCUCAUUGGCCCCCUGAUGUGAGGUCAUUGGUGAUUCUUCAAGGCCUUCCGUUGAUUUCCAUCUUUUUCAAAGAAACUAGAUUAGGUUGGGGUCUGAGUCUAUGUUCGAAGACUGUGAACAGCUUCUCUUCCCUCUUCCGUUCCUUCCUUCUUUCUCUUGCUGCAUUGCUGCUUUGCCAAGGCCCUGAGAGAGCUUGUGGGGAUGCUGGGUAUAGCUAGUUUGCUUUUUGCAUGUCCUAAGAAGGCUAUGGAAACAAACCACAGCAGGAUCUAAGGGCUUUUAWAGAGUCUAUUUCAAAACCACGUCUGGUAUUUUCAGCCAUAAAAGAAGUUUUAGUUGUUCUUAAAUUUGUAUAACUGUUUAAUUCUUUCUUGUUCAUUUUGAGUAUUUUUUUUUUAAUAAGAGGUAGAAUUCCUACAAAAGACCUCAGAUACAUACUAUGUUCUGUCUUCCAAAUCCCGGCCUCCUGUCCACAUCAGCCAAUGUUGUUUUUAUUUUUCUGUUUUGUUUGUUUUGUUUUGUUUUUAAGGACCCCUUAAUCAUGCUUUCUUUAGAAUUUUGACCUAACUGGGUUAGA